GCUCUCCACGCAGGCCCCUGAACUACUUCGACAUGCCUGGAAUCACCAACUACACAACCAUGUUGUUGAGCCCAGAUGGCAGCCUCUUGUAUGUGGGAGCCCGUGAAAUGCUACUCGCCCUCAACACCACCGUCUUUUCCCCUGGGCCACAGCACCAGCACCUGCCGUGGGAGGCCGAGGAGGAGAAGAAGCGACAGUGUGUCUUCAAGGGCAAGGACCCCCAGAGAGACUGCUUCAACUACAUCAAGAUCCUGCUCCAGCUGAACAGCACCCACCUGUACACCUGCGGCACCAGCGCCUUCAGCCCCACCUGCGCCUACAUUAACCUUCCAGACUUCAGUCUGAAGCGAGACGCAUCUGGGAAGCCGGUGCUGGAAGACGGGAAGGGACGUUGCCCCUUUGAUCCCGAAUACAGGUCGACCGCCAUCAUGGUUGAUGGUGAGCUGUACACGGGGACCGUAAGCAACUUCCAAGGAAAUGAGCCAACCAUCCUCCGAAGUCACGGCAGCCGCCCCGUGAUUAAAACAGAAAACUCUCUCAACUGGCUGCAAGAUCCGUUCUUUGUGGGUUCAGCCUACCUACGCGAGAGUCUCCCAUCAAGCGACACCCCAAGAGACGAUGACAAAAUCUACUUCUUCUUCAGCGAGAGUGGCAAGGAAUUUGACUUCUUUGAAGACACCAUUGUGUCACGUAUUGCACGUGUUUGCAAGGGUGACGUGGGGGGAGAGCGCGUGCUUCAGCGGCGGUGGACAACCUUCCUGAAGGCCCAGCUGCUCUGCUCACGCCCUGAGGAUGGCUUCCCUUUCAACGUGCUGCAGGACAUGUUUGUGUUGACUCCUGGCGAGCCCUGGUCGGAAACAGUCUUCUAUGGGGUCUUCACAUCUCAGUGGGACAGGAGGGGCCCCAGGGGGGCUGCCGUGUGUGCCUUCUCGAUGUCUGAUGUGAGAGAAGCCUUCAACGGCCUCUACAAAGAAGUCAACAGGGAGACCCAGCAGUGGUAUACGGACACCCGCCCUGUGCCGGAGCCCCGCCCGGGAGCAUGUAUCAACAGCCACACGCGCCAGAUGAAGAUCACCUCCUCCCUCCAGAUGCCUGACCGGGUGCUGAACUACCUCAAGGACCACUUCCUGAUGAAUAGCCCCGUGCGGAGCCGGCCACUCCUCUGGCAAGGCCACUCCCGCUACCAGCAGCUCAGCGUGCAGCGUGUCCCGGGCCUCCAUCGCCCCUAUGACGUCUUGUUCUUGGGCACAGAUGACGGGCGGCUGCACAAGGCUGUGAUUGCAGGAGGGCACAUUCAUAUCAUUGAGGAGAUCCAGCUCUUCCCUGCUGGGCAGCCAGUCCUUGAACUGCUGUUGGAUCCUGCACAGGGUUGGCUUUACGCUGCCUCCUAUACGGCACUGGCCCAGGUGCCUGUUGCCGACUGCAGCCUGUAUCGAACGUGUGGGGAGUGUGUCCUUUCCCGGGACCCUUACUGCGCCUGGAGCGGACAAGCUUGUCAGCCGUCUGCCUUACCGCACACAACGCCCUGGGUCCAGGAUGUUGAAAAUGGUGAUGCCACACGCCUCUGUCCGAAUAGCAGCCAGGUGUUCAGUCAACCACCAGCGAAAGAGUCCCCAUGCCAGCCGGUGGUGCUGCACCCCAAUGCCGUGAAGCUUCUGCCCUGCCCACCGCUGUCCAAUUUGGGCUCCCAGCACUGGAUGCACAAUGGGCCCCCCGUCAACGCCUCCUUCCUCGUGCUGCCAGAUGGGGAGCUGGUGCUGCUGGGGAAUCCAGACCAAGCUGGCCUCUAUGAAUGCUGGUCCCAGGAGGGCAGCUUCCGACAGCGGAUGGCCAGCUAUUGUGUUGAGAUGGUGCACUCGCUGCCUGAUGGGCUUGUGCCAGUCCAGAACCCUCUGGACGCGAUCAGCACCUCUAGGAGCACCUCGGCAGCUGCUGCAGGGGGCAUCUCUGCCGUACGAGAGGGCAAAACCUACUGGACCGAGUUCCUGGUGAUGUGCGUGCUCUUUGGGGUCACGAUGACGUCGCUCACGCUGUUUGUGUUGCACCAGCACCGCACCGCAAUGAAAGUCUUCCUCAAGCAGGGGACGUGCACCCGCACCAAGGCCUCGCGGAAGACUGGCCUGCCAGCUGAGAGCCUGCCCCUGAAUGGCGCCAAUCUGCCCAGUGCUUUGCCAGACCACAAGGGCUACCAGGCGCUCAACGACCGCCAUCUGGCAAGCUCCCCUGGGCAUGAGCCGCCAGCCCGUCCCGGUGUGGCUUUUCUGGUAUCCGACCAGCGCCCACUCAGUGUCCACGACAGUUUUGUGGAAGUGCUGGCUCCUUCCCAACGGCCCCGCGUGCGCCUCGGCUCGGAGAUCCGGGACUCCGUGGUGUGAACCUGCCAGUGCCCGUGGCACCCGCCAACCUGCUGCUCUGAGCCAUCCGUGGAAGCGGGCCUUGGGCUUCUGGUGCUCUCCCUCUGCAGGAGGACAGACCUAAUGUUGCCCCUGCUGGGAUGAUGAGAGGCCAAGGGCCAGGGCCUCCAAAGCUCUGCCUCGGGGCCAAGGCGAGAAUUCCACAGACCUGCAAAAAGUAGACACCGUCUAACUUUGAUGAAAAGGGAGGCCUCCAGCUGGCAAGAAAACCCUUUUGGAUGUGAUCCCCUCCUCCAGGCUUGAGAACCUUUGCUCUUCUAAAUGCCAACAUCUGGGAGCAGAGGGGGAGGCCGUGGCCUGGCUCGCCAGCCCAGCCACGUUGGAGGGCUCAGUGCCUCCAGGGACUGCCCUUUUUCCUGCCCAAGAGUGCCAAGGCAUGGCUGUAUACAGACCUGGUGUGGAAGGCGAUCUCCCUGUGUGGGUGGCAUGGCAUGAAGAAUGAAGGGGGUCUGGUCACCAGGCUUAUCAUCAGU